AUGAGGUGGCCGGAGCUGGGCCUCGAGGAGCGCCUGCAGGCGGUUUGGGAGCACGUGCUCACUCAGCAGCAGGAGCAGACCAGGCGCGAGGAGGAAGUGGCCCGACUCAGCAAGCUGCUGACGCAACAGCGCCUGGAUAAGGAUCUGAAGCCCAACUGCUGGAGCUGCGACCAGUUGCUGCUGGACUUGGAUGCCUUGCUGCGGGCCUUGCAGCGGAUUUGCUUGGCGCUGAGAGGCGAGGCGAAAGAGCCUUUGCGCUCGGAGCGGCUGGUGGCCAAGAUCGCCUCCACUUUGACGGCCACGGUCAAUGAGAUUGAGGAGUCUGGCGGCCAGGCUACUCCGGAGAUCAAGGAAUUGGCGGCUUACUUGGCCUGGGUCUCCCUGCACUCCGGCCGGCGCUUCUGA